AUGAAGACGAGCCCGAAGACAAACCCGAAGACAAACCUGAAGACAAGCCGGAAGACAAGCUCGAAGACAAGCCUGAAGACAAGCCCGAAGACAACCCCGAAGACAAGCCUGAAGACAAGCAGGAAGACAAGCCUGAAGACAAGCAGGAAGACAAGCCUGAAUGCAAGCCGGAAGACAAGCCGGAAAACUAGCCUGAAAAGAAGCCUGAAGACAAAUCCGAAGACAAGCCCGAAGACAAGCCCGAAGAUAACCCUGAAGACAAGCCUGAAGAAAAGCCCGAAGAUAAGCCCUAAGUUAAUCCCGAAGACAAGCCCGAAGACAAGCCCGAAGACAAGCCCGAAGACAAGUUGGAAGACAAGCCGGACGACAAGCUGGAAGACAAGUCAGAAGACUGCCGGAAGACAGGCCAGAAGAAAAGCCCGAAGACCAUCCCGAAGACCAUCCCGAAGACAAGCCCGAUGACAAACCCGAAGACAAGCCCGAAGACAAGCCCGAAGACAAGCCCGAAGACAAGCCCGAAGACAAGCUUGAAGGCAAGCCAGAAAACAAGCCUGAAAAGAAGCCUAAAGACAAGCCUGAAGACAUGCCAGAGGACAUGCCCGAAGACAAGCCUGAAUAAAGGCCUGAAUACAAGCCGGAAGACGAGCCAGAAAA